CCGAGCGCAGCGGCGGCCAUGGCGGCGGCGGCCCCCGGGCCCGGCGGGGGGGGCCGGCGCGGAGCCCGUGCGGCGGCCACCAACAUCCUGGCGCAGCUCCGGCGAGGGCAGCUCAGCGGCCGCGGCCUGACGCGAGGGGCGCAGAUCACAGAGGCCUUGUUAAAGGAAAGAGAUAAGCAAGCAAAAUGGAAUGGGAUUCCCAUACUGUUGCAGAAUUUGUAUGAGCAUAGCCACCCCAACAGCGACUUCUCCCAGUGCCAAAGCAUCUUAAAGGAAAUUUCUCCCCUUCUCUCAAUGGAAGCCAUGGCAUUUGUCACAGAAGACAGAAAAGCUGCUCAAGAAUCCACUUUCCCAAAUACAUACACGUUUGACUUGUUUGGAGGAGUCGAUCUUUUAGUAGAAAUUCUCAUGAGACCAACUCUUAUUACACAGAAAAAGAAACAGAAAAUAAGCGAUGACCUCAUCAAGGACUGUUUAAGCAUACUGUACAACACCUGCAUAUGUACUGAAGGAGUCACAAGGCGAUUGGCAGAAAGAAAUGACUUUGUGUUGUUCCUGUUUACACUAAUGACAAACAAAAAGACAUUCCUACAAACUGCAACACUCAUUGAAGAUAUCCUGGGAGUUAAAAAGGAAAUGAUACAACUGGAUGACAUCCCCAAUCUUGCAAGCCUUGUGUCCAGUUUUGAUCAGCAGCAGCUUGCCAACUUCUGCAGGAUCCUCGCUGUCACCAUUUCGGAGCUGGACACGGGAAGUGACGACAAACACACGCUCCUUGCCAAGAAUGCCCAGCAGAGGAAAAACCUGGGGCCUUCUCGAGCUGAAAUUAAUCAAGCUACACUGUUGAAUAUUCCAGGCUUCAUUGAGAGACUGUGCAAACUGGCAACACGGAAGGUGUCUGAAACUACAGGGACUUCCAGCUUCCUCCAGGAGUUGGAAGAGUGGUACACCUGGCUGGACAAUGCACUAGUACUUGAUGCACUGAUGAGAGUGGCAAAUGAAGAGGCAGAGCAGAGCAGUACAGAGUCUUCGGAUGAAAGUGGAUUGGCCAACACCUCAGCACGAACACAGCUUCCCCAGUCCAUGAAGAUCAUGCAUGAGAUCAUGUACAAGCUGGAGGUGUUGUAUGUUCUCUGUGUGCUGCUCAUGGGGAGACAAAGGAAUCAGGUUCAUAAAAUGAUAGCAGAGUUCAGGCUGAUUCCUGGCCUCAACAACUUGUUUGACAAACUAAUCUGGAGAAAGCAUUCGGCGUCAGCCCUCGUUCUGCACGGCCACAACCAGAACUGUGACUGCAGCCCGGACAUUACUUUAAAGAUCCAGUUCUUGAGGCUUCUUCAGAGCUUCAGUGAUCACCAUGAGAACAAGUAUCUCCUUUUAAACAGCCAGGAGCUUAAUGAGCUGAGUGCAAUUUCCCAUAAAGCCAACAUCCCUGAAGUUGAUGCAGUUGUCAACACAGACAGGAGUCUUGUCUGUGAUGGGAAAAGAGGUUUGUUGACCAGACUGCUUCAGGUCAUGAAGAAGGAACCAGCUGAAUCCUCUUUCAGAUUUUGGCAAGCGAGGGCAGUUGAAAGUUUUCUGCGAGGCACCACCUCCUAUGCAGACCAGAUGUUCCUGCUCAAGAGAGGACUCCUGGAGCAUAUCCUGUACUGCAUCGUUGACAGCGAGUGCAAAUCACGGGACGUGCUGCAGAGUUACUUUGACCUCCUGGGAGAACUGAUGAAAUUCAAUAUUGAUGCAUUCAAGAGGUUCAACAAGUACAUCAACACAGAUGAGAAGUUCCAGGUAUUUUUAAAUCAGAUCAACAGCUCCUUGGUUGACUCCAACAUGCUGGUUCGCUGCAUCACGCUGUCCCUGGACAGAUUUGAGAAUCAGUCUGAUGCUAAAGUGGCAGAAGUGCUGUCAGAGUGUCGCCUCUUGUCCUACAUGUCCCAGAUGUCCAUGAGAAUGUCCUUUCUCUUCCGUCUCAUUAAUAUUAUUCAUGUACAGACACUUACACAGGAAAAUGUCAGUUGCUUGAACACAAGUUUAGUUAUCCUCAUGCUGGCCCGAAGGAAAGACAAACUCCCCUUCUACCUGCGCACUUUGCAACAGAUGGAGUACACAGAAAAAUACCCAGGCUUCAUCCUCAACAACUUCCACAGCCUCCUGAGAUUCUGGCAACAGCAUUACCUCAACAAGGAUAAAGACAGCACCUGCUUAGAAAAUAGCUCAUGUAUUAGUUUUACCUACUGGAAAGAGACUGUGUCCAUACUGCUGAGUGCAGACCGGACGUCGCCCUGUGCCAUCGUCAGCUACAUCGACGAGGCGUACAUGGACAUUGACAGGGACUUUGCUGAGGAGUGAUCCUGCCUCUGGCUUCCCAGGGACAGCACCCAAGGGGCUCCUGCAGCCAGGGGGUGUCAGGGACGUGCUGGGGAGGGUGGGGGUGUGUGUGUGUGGGGUGUGGGACCGUCAGACCCCUCCCAGCCCCCGGCUGCCACCCCCGCGGGGGAGCCCGCGCCAGCUCUCUGGGCAACACAUUCAGGGAUGUAUCUUCCAGUUGUUCUGGGAUAAAAACGAUCACCUGCACAAACCAGCCUCUUCAUUUUCAUUCUUCCCUCCCCCCCUGCAGCCUGGCUGCUCAGAGAUUGGUGUGUGACACGAGGAGUCUCUGCAUGUGCCAGGGGAGUUGUGGCUCGCUCUCAGCUCCCAGUGGUGGCAAGUCCCAAAAGCCCAGGGCUCGCCCUCCCUGUGUGAGGCCCCAGUGGGCUGUUCUGCCCUGGCCCCUGGGGCUGCAGCUCCUGUUGGGAUUUGUGCUGGGGGCUUUGGGGUGUGAGUGUGUGUGUGUGAAUGCCUGAGGGCCCUGCCAGCUCCCCUCACCUCUGCACCAUCUGCUGGGAUGGUUUGGUACUAGAGCUGCCUCCGCCCCAGGAGUGUGGAGGUGCUGGGCUGUGGCAGCAGCUCUGGCCCUGCAGCAGCAGCUCUGCCCCUGCAGCAGCCAGUGGCUUUUCCAUGGAGCAUUAGCAUUAAAAUGUACUAAUUUUUUAAACGUGCAGUUUGUCCCUUCUUGGGUAACUAAUCUGGUUUUAAACCCCUCUGCAGGACCGUUGCUCUUGCUGCUGACCUGGCUCUGCCUCUCAGCCUCUGCUUUCAGUCCUUUCCCCCCACCACCAGGAAUGCUCAAGUGCAAUAUUGAACUGGAGAGGUCGGGUGUUUUUCCUGGGUGUGUUUUAAUCAGUGUGUGAAAGGCUGGGGAAUAAACACUCCUGGCUGAAAGCACCUUUGUAGGGUGGUUUGGGAAAGGGGGCAGCGAGGUUCUGGGAGUCCUGAGGGCCUGAGCUGCCCCCAUCCUGCCUGCUCACCAGCACCAGUGCUGUUGCUUCCACACAGUCAGCUUCCCAGGGGUGAAAUACAGGCUCAAGGCCUGAGCCACUGCAUUGAAGUCCAACCCCCCAUUUCCCAGCACCAGUUUUCUUUGAAACAUGUGUCUGACCUGUCUAAAAUUUUGUUACUGGAUGAGGUGACUUGUGUUCAGCUGGAGAGGGACCAGGGCUGAGCCCAGAGCUGGAGCAUUGUGGCUCUGGUCCUGGCCAGCAGAAGGAAACCCCCUCAGAGCUGUGGGAAGGGGACUCACUCCCACAGCCACCCUUCUCCUCCCUCUCCUGUCACACCUGGGGGUCCUGCCAGGGGCUUGCACCCACUGCUGUGCUAGCAGGGUGCUCAGAGCUUUGCAGGAGCUCCUUGGGCUCCUGCUGUCCCAGCCCCUGCCCCUCUCCCUGGGGCAGCUCCUCCCCUCAGCAGCCCCACUCUGCUCUCUCUCCCCUGAGUGAAUUUCCUUCCCAUCUCUGCUUUUUUCUGUUCCUGGGUAUGUGUGGUUUUGGUGUAUCUUUGCUGCUGCUUAACUGUAAUAGAUGUACACUUCAAAUAAAUGCUUCAAAUUAAAAGGCUUUUGAGUGAAGGGAUGCCUUUGCCAGAGCCUAGUUCUUGGUGCAGCUGCUGGUUGCUGCUCUGAGCCUGCAGCGUCUCAGUGACAGGCUGGGGCUGGGCCACCUCUGGACAGUGCCUGCAGCCCUCCCAGCCUCAGGGCACACGAGCUGCGGGGUCCUGAGCUGCUGCAGCUCCCUCAGCGUUGCCUUUGCCUCAGGGCUGGGGAGGAGAGUGAGGGGGCUGCUGCAGAGAAGGGCUCAGGAACCAGCCCCAGGAGCAGGAGGGGGCAGUGCCUGGGCUGCAGGGGAAGGGCCCAGAGCAGCAUGGGCACAGGCACAGUUGAACUGGAGGCUCCUGGUACCAGAUCUCUUGAGCAGCUCGUUGCAGGGACCAGGCAGCUCUGUCCUUCCCCCUUGGGGUGUUUUUGGGAGGCAGGGGUCUGCAGCCAGGGCUGGGGUGGAGCCCCCCAGCACUGACACACUGCUGGGAGCUGCAGUGGCCCCAGGGCUCGGUGCCCAGGUUAAUGCCAAGUGACUGACUGACUGCAAAUAAACUGCAAAUGGAAACUAUUAAAGAAAUCUAUUUUGAAGA